CACUAUUCCCAACACUGCUUAUUGAUUGAUCACAGCUGAACCAAGACACUCCAUCACAGGAACUUUUAAUCCAUGCCAGGGCAGUUCUGAAAAAAAAAAAAAACCAAACAAAAAAAACAAACAAAAAACCACCAACAACCCAAACAACUCUGUGAGAUCUUAUGCGGUAAACUGGACUUUAUACACAUCAAAACAGUUCAGGGCAAACUCAAUUCCAAAGUGGUUUAAAGAAACAAGUUCCAGAUUUGUAUAAACCAGAUGCUGUGGGUAAGGCAGAUGGAUUCCCAUAAUCUAGUGGGAGCACAGGCAACAUCAUUGCUCUACAAUGCACAGGAUUUUGAUUCGGAAUCUCUACCUUCUGUACAACGUUAUGAGUUACAAAGGAACAGGCAAAUAGCAAUACAGCUAAUGGAAAGAGUGACAGGAGAAGCUCGCUAAUUCAUCUUUGGAGUAACCAGGGCAUAUAUCCACGGUUCUAGUCAUUCUCUGACUGCUGUACAUCUAGAAAUAAACACCUCUCUGCUACACCGCUGCACACACCCAGCUACCCCCCCGUGCUCCACCUCAUCCCUCAUGCUUCACCCUUAGCCCGCAUUCCCUCAUUCCCCCACGCGCAAGGAGAAGCAGAGAAAUGCCACGGAGGCACCGCGCAGUCCCGCCCCUCACGGCGGCCGCACGCGCAGGGACCGCUCCCGCCCUACGCUUCCGGGGACGCGGCGCCUGCCGGGAAUUCCCGCCCCUGCUGCGUGCGGGGGGAGGUGCCGGCCUGAGAGCGUGGCUCGGCCGCUGCCUGCCCGGCCCUUGUGUUCGGCUCGGCCGGGGCCUCCCGCUCCCCUGAGCUGCAAGGUGAGGUCGGAGCCCGGCUGCCCGCGGCGCCAUGGACAGCUUCCUGGAAGAGGAUGAGGAAGCGCCGGCAGUGGAAGUGAGGGGGAAGAGAAGGAGGAGGAGAAGCCCCGCCUCUCAGGCGGCCUUGCAGCCGCCCCUGCACCUGCCCUUCCUGCCGCCGCAGCCGGUAUCUUCCAAUGAACACAAGUUAAACUUCAAGAAGAGCAAGGAAACGUGUUUAAGUUACAUUCAGGAUGCCUUGCUCCAAAAGCAGUGGAAAAGGGCUGCAGAGUUCCUGACCUGCUAUGUUGAGUCACUAGAGAAGGACUAUUCCAGAGAACACAUUGGUCCGUCAGAGAUGAUUUGGAGAAUAGGAACUGAAAUUUUGUGGCAUCAUUCCCAAAGCAGCAUGAAAGAGUUCAACUGUUUCAUGGAACAGAUGAAAACUUUAGGAGUAAAAAGGUACUUGAAGGUCUGCUUGGAGCAUGUCUUCCAUCUCCUCUGUAAUGGACAAAUAGAUGAAGCCUAUCAGAACCUGUCCGUGGCAGAAAGCUGGAGGUUUGGAGAGCAAACAGCCAUUCAGGAUAAGGAAAUGAAGCUGAUUCAAGCUUACAGGGGACUCUUAGACUACUGUAGCUGGUCUAAGCAGAAGAAAAUCCUGUUAGAGUAUGGUGAGGAUGGAUUUGCAGAAUUAACUGUUGAGCAGGAAAUGCACGGUUACUUCCGGAAGGCAGCAGUGAACUUGAAGGAAAUUAUUAAAAUACCUGGAGUCUGGGAUGUCUUUGUGAAAUGCUAUGUGGAUUUGCUGGAGUUCUAUGGAGACCACAACGAGGCCCGCCAAGUGUUAAAUGAAUAUGCCUACAACUCAAAGUUCCCUGCUAACCCCAAUGCCCAUGUCUACCUCUAUCAGUUCCUCAAGAGGCAGGGUGAAUCAAAGAAAUCCCUCAUAUCUGCACUGAAGAUCUUGCAUGAUAUUGUUCCUUCUCAUGAACUAAUGAUAGAUUUUAAUACCAUGCUUCAAAAAUCAAAGAAAAGAAAAAAACAUCAGCUGGGCCUAGAAGUUAUUUUUGCAGCCUUGGAUUAUGCUGGCUGGAAAGAAAAUGCAAAAGCAUGGAGCUGUUUGGCGAGACAGGUGAAACAAAUUGUAACCUCUGAGAAACAUCUUGACUGGAUCAAGCAAGAGUGGAAGUCCAGGAAGGACUGGUGGCCAGCCUUCCAUUUUAGCCGUUACUUGGCAAAAAGGAAUUGGCAGGGAAAUAAAAGCCUUUCAUAUGAAAAAGCUCUGGUGGCUGGAAUCCUACUGGGAAAGGAUUGCAAAUACUUUAAAUAUGUAUCUCAUCAAGGCUGCAAAGCUCAGCUGAAAAGGUUUCGGUUGCUGAAGAAGUUUGUGACAAGGCACAAUCCUGUCUACCUGAGAAUAUCUGGUCAUCCAGAUUCCUCUGUUCAGCCUUGAUGAGAAGGUGUCCCUAAGGUUCUUGGUACUUUUUCCUCUCUGUAAAACUGACUUUUGUGUUGGUGGUACUCCAAAACCUCUAGGCAGACCCUAUUUACUCAGUACUAGACUUUUUUUAAAAUAUAUUUAUGUAAAACCACUUUGGUUUGCAUUUAUUUUAUAAUAAAAUGAAUAUAAAUCAAGUGAUAAUGUAAAAGAAUUUCUGUAAUGUUACUCUGAUAUUGGUGUGAAAUGCAAACAGUGUUGAUUUCAAAUACAUCUUUAAAGAGCAGAGGCACAGAAAUACUGAGAAAUUCUCUACCUGCUGGAAGAGACUUUUUUUUUUUCAGUGUCUUGGUUUAGGGCAAGUUUGGGAGAUAACUCUCAAAGGGGCUUCUUUACAAAAGCAGAUUUAAUUGCUUCUCUUUUCUUUUAACUGUUUUGGGAAAAAAUAUUUCUUUGGAGAAAAAAGUGGAAAGAAACUUGUUCAUUAAACAAUAGAACUCAAAUAAUAUUAAAUAAUAAAACUUCUUACUGCUCUAAAAAAAAAAUUGUAAACUCAGAACAGUCCCCUCCCCGGAUUGCAGCUCAGCUUAUUCAGUUUCUGAUUAGUUUUUCUGGUGCUGGAAAUGCCGCGGCCCAGGCCCGGCCAAGGGGCCACAGGUGGAGCUGCCGGUUCUCUUCUGGGUGUUCAGUCUAGAGUGGGUUUGAACAGAUCCAAGAAAAAGGAAAAAUCACAGUCCAGGGAACUUCUUUGUUUCAGCUAGCUAAAACUAACUAAAAGCAAAAAAAGGGAAAAAAAGGAGCUCUGUCUUGCUGUUUGUUUAUCCGCAG